CCCCACCCCCCAACACUCCCUCACUCCCCUCAAGACUGUUUUAAAGUCUCUGUCAUACUUGGGUUUGCACGCGACUUCCUGGACGGAUGGAGAAAUGGGCACAGUGUAGCGCUUCAUCACCAAAAAGCAGCAUCUACUUGCUUCUCUGUGACUGAAGGCGAGCUUUGCCUGACUGCCGAAUCUUUCGUGUCCUUUCAAGCGCUAAGUGGAGCGUCGUUGCAGUCUCCUCUGUUGCAUGUAUCAAAUGCACUAUUACCACGCUGUCGCUGACUGGUAUGCUCAUGGUUAAGAAUAUCGGAGUGAUGCUGGGAUGCGAAGACUCUCACCUGGACCUCAGCUAGCAUAAUUUUUCCCAUCCGUCAAAUCCGCCUGAUUAAGACUCCUGAGCGUACGCUGCGUCUCCAGGCGCUGCUUUUUACGCAACGGCGGUAUUGCCGAUUUGAACGGCCGAAGGGGAAAAACUCAACACUUGUGGCUUUUUUUGCAUGUGGACGUGCGCCAGUUUACAAUGUGGAGCUUACUGCAAACGUGUUACUACUGCUGUUGGAUUUUCUCUGGGGUCGUACCAUCCUUCGUUUUAUUCUGGGCUGAGUGCCAUCCCGCGCUGACAGGCAACCAAGCGGAGUCCUUUAGCCCUGACCAAGGCCUUCGUCAAACAAUGGCCGGCGAGACACGACUACGGAGAGCUACCACUGAAGACACCUACUGGGCCUACUCAGGUAUAUUUGGACCAGAUGAGGGCUGGGCAGCAGCCUAUCCAGAAUGUAAGGAGAAAAAACAGUCACCCAUCAACAUUUUGGAUGAAGAUGCGAAAAUAUCCACUGAGUUUCAGGAAAUUACUCUGGAAGGCUUUGACGUUGAAUCUUCAAAUAAGACGUCGAUGAAGAACACUGGUAAAACAGUGGCCAUUAUGCUCAAAGAUGAUUAUUUUGUGAGAGGAGCAGGCCUACCAGGGAGAUUUAAAGCAGAGAAAGUGGAGUUUCACUGGGGGCCAAGCAACGGAUCGGAGGGCUCUGAACAUAGCAUCAAGGGCCGACGUUACCCUGUGGAGAUGCAAAUCUACAUGUACAACUCUGAUGACUUCGACAGCCUCAGUACUGCACUUAGAGAGAAGAGAAUCAUCGCAGCUAUGGCAAUUUUCCUUCAGGUUGGAGGAAAAGAUAACCCUGCAGUUGACCCUAUAAUUCAUGGCUUAAAGGGUGUGGUCCAUCAUGAAAAAGAGACUUUCUUGGAGCCUUUUGUCCUAAAAGACCUGCUGCCAUCGUCGUUGGGCAGCUACUAUCGCUACACGGGCUCCCUGACCACUCCUCCCUGCAGUAAAAUUGUGGAGUGGAUCAUCUUCAGCAGACCGAUCUAUGUCUCUUACAAACAGUUAGAGGCGUUUUACUCAAUCUUCACCACGGAGCAACAGGACCAUGUUAAAUCUGUGGAAUAUCUACGCAGCAACUUCAGACCCAUUCAGAGCCUGGACAAUCGCCAUGUUUUUAAGUCAGCGGUGAAGGACGCUUGGCUGCCUGACCUGUCUCACAGCGGGAGUGGGCCUUAUGGCACAGAAUCUUCCAGAGUGUGCAGCAGUGCUCCUGUAAACAUGAAGGUGCAACAUGUGAAUAUAAGUGCCCUGGUGGUUCGCUGGGCACGUCCAGAGGUCAUCUAUCACCCACCGAUCCUCCAUUUUUUGGUAUCCUACAGCUGGACAGCUCAUGAUGACAGCUAUGAAGAGACACACCUCACUGAUGCAAGACACAAACUGGAGGCUGUCAUCUCCCAGGUCUCACCAGAUGUACUGUACCUUUUUCGGGUUCAGGCUGUCUGCACCAAUGACAUGCGCAGUGAUUUUAGUCAGAGCAUGCUCUUCAGAGCAAACACCACUAGAAUCUUUGAGGGGACACGGAUCGUAAAAACCGGAAUGCCAACAGUUUCACCAGCAUCUUCAGCCGAUAUGGCCCCGAUCUCCUCCGGUUCAUCUACCUGGAGCUCCUCAGGCAUUCCCUUCUCCUUUGUCUCAAUGGCGACAGGCAUUGGCCCCUCCUCCAGUGGUAGUCAGGCAACAGUGGCGUCUGUGGUCACCAGCACUUUACUCGCCGGACUUGGCUUCAGUGGAGGAGUCCUUUCCUCCUUUCCUAGCUCACUUUGGACGAGCGGCGCACAAUCACACAAUCUCACACCUCAGCCCAAUGAGCACGCCAUGGCCAGUAAUGAUGUCAGCACUCCUGUUGUCACAAAAUCCUCAGAGACGGAGAACAGCAUGACAGAGAGUAAAGUCAGUGACAAUGAGAAGGCGCAAGAGGAGCAAAGUGAAAGGGAAGGAGAGGAUGAGGAGGAAGAAGACGAAGAGGACAAAAAUCAGAAGAAACAAAAGAAGCGGCCUUUAGAGGUGGCAGAGAAAGGUAGAAUGUAUGACAGUGUGGCUGGGAAUGAUCCAGCCAGUGGGAAAUCUGACGCUACUGCAAAAGAAAAAGAAGGGACGGCCCCAGUUCCAACUUAUUGGCCACGCUUUGUAGAAGGCCCGCGGGUGGUCUACAACUUUGGUCUAUUUGUCCAUAACCACACCAAUGUCACCACAUUACUGGUUCCUGAGGAGUACUACUUGAUGCUUACGCUGCGCAGAUUGGAGCUCCGGGAAAAUCACACGACCUCCAUCCAUACCAUGACCUACAGGACCCACCAAGUGAGAAAUAGAUCAUGGCCGGAUCAUGUGCACUGGAUGACACCUUUGAUGAUGGUGUCUACUCUGGUGCUUGCUGUACUUAUACACUGGAGGCGGUGUUUUCAGACUACACAUCUACAUGUGGAGGACAGCAGUUUGCCCAGGAUGGUGGCCAAUGAAACGGCCCCUGCCGCCUCAAUCCCAGAUGACAUCAAAGUCAUUCAAGUGAAGCACUUCAUCAAUCAUGUCUCAGAACUCUCCUCGAAUAACUUGCAUGGAUACUCCCAGGAAUUCGAGGAGGUUCAGCGCAGCGCUGCAGAAAUGAAGAUCACAUCCGAAAACUCAAACCAUCCUGAAAACAAGCAUAAGAACAGAUACAUCAACAUAGUGGCCUAUGACCACAGCAGAGUGAAGUUAAGAAUGUUGGUGGGAAAGGAUUCCAAACACACCGACUACAUCAAUGCCAACUAUGUGGAUGGUUACAAUAAGCCCAAGGCUUACAUUGCAGCCCAGGGCCCACUCAAGUCGACCUUUGAGGAUUUUUGGCGGAUGGUGUGGGAGCAGAAUACAGGCGUCAUUGUUAUGAUCACUAACUUAGUUGAAAAAGGACGAAGAAAAUGUGACCAGUACUGGCCAACAGAGAAUAGUGAGCAAUAUGGCAACUUAGUUGUCACAUUGAAAAGUACCAGCGUUCAUGCCUGCUACACUGUUCGACAUUUUACACUUCAUAACACAAAAGUGAGAAAGGGUGGAAAGGGACACACAAAGACACGGGCCCAGAGUGAGUGGAACGUGCUUCAGUAUCAUUAUACACAGUGGCCCGACAUGGGUGUUCCUGAAUACACCUUGCCUGUCCUCACGUUUGUUCGCCGGUCAUCAGCUGCCCAAACCCCUGAUAUGGGGCCGAUGAUUGUCCAUUGCAGUGCGGGAGUGGGUCGGACGGGAACGUAUAUCCUUAUUGACAGCAUGUUGAAGCAGAUCAAGGACAGGUGCACUGUUAACAUACUGGGCUUUCUCAAACACAUACGUGCUCAGCGCAACUACUUAGUACAGACUGAGGAACAAUAUGUAUUCAUUCAUGAUGCCUUGGUGGAAGCCAUCUUGGGUAAGGAGACUGAAGUUGCAGCCAGCAAGCUUCAUCACUACACAAACACCAUCAAGACACCAGGACACGGUGGUCGGACACAUGUGGAAAAACAGUUUAAGUUGAUUAACCAGUGCAAUGCCAGAUUCACGGAGUGCUUCAAUUCUCAGAAGGAGUGCAACAAAGAGAAAAAUCGAAUUUCCUCAGUCGUCCCAUCGGAACAAGCAAGGGUGAGGUUAGCCCCUUUGCCUGGCAUCAAGGGCAGCGAUUACAUUAACGCCUCUUACAUCAUGAGUUACUACUGUAGUAAUGAAUUCAUCAUUACCCAACAUCCUCUGCUGCACACCACAAAAGAUUUCUGGAGAAUGAUCUGGGACCAUAAUGUACAAAUCAUUGUCAUGUUGCCUGCCAACCAUGGACUGGCCGCGGAUGAGUUUGUGUAUUGGCCCAGUCGGGAGGAGGUCAUGAUCUGUGAAGCCUUCACUGUCACCCUCAUCAGCCAAGACAUACUCCGCUUGUCCAGUGAGGAACAGAUCAGCAUCCAUGACUUCAUCCUGGAAGCUACACAGGAUGAUUACGUAUUAGAGGUGCGACACUUUCAGUGCCCCAGGUGGCCAAAUCCUGACAUGCCCAUCAGCAGCAGUUUUGAACUGAUCGACAUCAUCAAGGAAGAGGCAGCCAUCCGUGACGGACCAACCAUCAUCCAUGAUGAGUUUGGAGCAGUCUCGGCAGGUUUGCUGUGUGCCCUUAUCACACUGUCUCAGCAACUCGAAAGUGAGGGGGUUGUCGAUGUCUAUCAAGUGGCCAAGAUGAUCAACCUCAUGAGGCCAGGAGUCUUCACAGACAUGGAUCAGUACGAGUUCCUGUACGAAGCCCUCGUCAGCCUUGUCUGCACCAAGGAGAUCGGCUUUGGGCCUCUGGACAUCAGCCGGACCUUGUCAUCAUUGUCUGAUCAAUCCGACCAGGCAGAAAGUAGAGAAUCACUCGUGUGAGGGCCAGAACUGGACUGAGGAUCUUGCGUGUCUGAAAAAUAUCCCGCACCCCUUCCACUCCCAGAGUGCUCGAAGGAAGCAUUGAACUUUGUAAGCCGUCAAAGAACUAUUAGACUUUUUGAGGCCUUUUUUUGCCAGACUCUUGGUUAAAUUAAAACACCUGAUUACUUUUUUACACUGAUAUAAAAUACAAAUUGAUAUUUAUUUUUUCGUCUUAAUGUCCUCCGAUUGAAGGGUUUGCACCUGCGUGUUUUUUUUUAAUGUUUGACACUGCAUCAGCAGGCAAUGAGAUCCACCUCUCUGUCGUUUCUCGUUUGCACUAUAUCCUAAAAUGUCACUGUUACUGCCUAUGCUUGAAGCCCCCCACCCACCCGGCUCGCGCAAGCUGAUUGUUUUGACAUUCCACAACCUUGUUCCCCCUGCUACGCGACCUGCUUCUGCGAAGGACGUUGCUCUGUUUGACGCUUUCCAUUGGAUCGAAACGAGCUUGAGGAUGAGGUCAAACUCACCUCAGAGGCUAAACGCUGUUCAACUGCAAUAACCUCCUCGUCCGUGCCCUUUUGGUCAACCGCAUUACCACACAUGCACUCUAGAAAACAGACCUAUUCCCACUGAUCUCUUGCUCUACAAAUGCCUUUCUCUUUUUUUUUCUUGGUGUUUUUGCUUUGUUGUGUUUUAUGUAUUUAUUUUUAUUUUAUAAUUUUUUUAAUCACAUUUUUGUUCAAAUAACAACAAAGUGGGAACAAGGUGGUGUUACAACCGUGAUCUUUGACAUCCUUUUUUGGCAUCACCUUCUGAUUUUGUAUAUAAACACACUGUAUGUGUGCGCUUAUGCAUAUAUUCUCAGCCACUACUGCGCCCUUCUUCUCUUUUGAUGUGCCUGCUGCUAUGCUGUCACAGUUCACCGACUCUUAAAACUCUUUUUCAUCUCAUUGAAAUCAUUCUGUACACUGUAUCCGAAACUCUUACCGGUCUUGCUAUGAGAUGGACACGAGAUGAUAUGCAGGGGAACAUUAUACAAAGCAAGUUCUAUGCAACAGGUUGAAGAAAACCAAAACAGGGUGUGAUUCUCAGUGUUAACCGUUAGCGAUCACCUGACCUCUUUUUGUGCACUCCGGGCAGAGACGCGAUGGUUAAAUAAUGUAAUUUCUUUGAACCGGUUGAAUUGAUGUCUGUCCCAUUUUAUUAGGGCAUAAAGUACUGAUGGAAAGACGGACAAGAUAUGAGUUCGGGGUUUUUUUUUUUUUUUUUUUUUUUUUUUUUGUGGUGUUUGUGUGACUGAGUUGAUCUGCUCUGCCUGGUUUACCGACACGUUUUGAAGUGACAGACGGCGCAAUGACCUAUUUCUGCAGCCCCCAAAGAAGGCACACUCAGUUACCGCCGACUUAGUUUUUCCAUGUUUUUAUUUUAUGACUAUGGCUGUAUUUUUAAUCCAAAUGUUUACUGUAAUUAUGACUUGACUGUAUGAGCGUAGGUUAGUGGAAGACCAUGGCUUUCUGAGUUGCAUACCUGAUCGAAAGGAACUCCUAGGACCCCCCCCCCCCCGUAUAGUAUUUCCAAAAUGAGUAGAGGAAGUAGGUAAUUUGUACAAUAUUUACUAUAUGUUUACAUUUUUGUUGUCAAUGAACAAGGUCAAAGAACUUCUUGAUGGUCAUGUUAUUAUUUCAUGGUAACUUGCUGAUACAGUACAGGUACGAAAUUUGGUUUUCGAGAAUGUGGUUUCCAGUUUUUGCCAUAUAUAAAGUACAAAUUUAAAAGACUAAGAGUCUUGUAAAAACAAUAAAUGUUUGAUUUAUCUCCACAUCACAACAUGCAUUACAAUAUUCUACCAAACGAAGACCUCUCUUAUUUUUUGAAAAGUAUACACAGUACAUAAACUGCAGAUUAUUUACCCAUUUUCCCCCAAUUACAUAUAUAACUUCAUGAUCCACCGGAUCUCUUUUAACUUAUACUUAUACAGUAUUUUUAAAAAAAAUCUGACUUAUCCAUUGUUAGCUACUUGACAGUUACAGCACUAAAUCAUGUGCAGUAAACGUGCAAAUGGACAAAACAUCAGGGUUUUAAUUUUUAACUUUACUUUCAAUGAAUAACCUUCAAGGUUUAAAUGUUUGUUUUGGGUUUUUUUGGACCAGUUUGAAUGUUAUUACACUAGAACAACUCUCCGAAUCACUGAGUCCUAUUUAUACUGCUCUUUGGAAGGUAAUCGGCCGAGUUGGGGGUGCUUGGGGGCUGAUGUACAUGCGCUGCAAUUUUUUUAUUUGUAUUUUUUUCAUCUUUUUCUCUCUGCGGCCCGGUACAACAAAGUGGUGGUCUGCGGACUAGUGGUUGGGGACCCAUGGUAUAAGUCAAGGGUCACCGAAGAUCUGCUUUUCGAUUAACCAACCUCCCGCGGUCAACCACAGACGACCACAUGAACUUACACACGCAUGCCAUGAUGAGCAACAGUCAUAAUAUUCCCUUGUUGACACAUGAGUUUGUGGGUUUGUGAAAAAGAAAUCACAGCCUACUUUCGUCGAGACCUGACUCGGAGGCAUGGGACGCAUAUUGGCAGUGUGUUAACGAUCGAAGCUCAAGUGUACCGUUUUAAAAUGCUUCUCUCGGCCCUCCAGACUCCCAUUCUUUGUGCCCUCGAUGAAUUGUACAUGAAUGAGAACCUGAAUGAGAAUAAUAACAAUAAAAGAUAUAGUGCAACAGCUCUGAUCGCAAUCUGCAAUUCCAGACUGUUGACCGCUCACACCACCGUAUCUUAAAGGAGACUUGCUUUUUUUAUUUUAGUUUAUUUUUAAAAUUGGAACCAGUCCACAAGCUACCGGUCGAUCAUGAUCGACGUAUUAGGCAUGCCUUGGAUAAGUCAUCGGGUGUGGAAGGAAUGAAACGACAGUGCAUUGUUUUGCAAUAGAUACCCCAACGAAAACUCUUAAUUAGUCAUCUUGAUUUCCAGGGGUGGGGGCGAGUGCUAUUCAAGUCCAUCCUUAAAAACAUGCCUGCAUUGGACACCACGCCCCAGACAUUACCAACACUUAAGGGUAGAAUCAGCGCACAGCACAGACUGUAUAGAUAAAAGUGUAUUAGGGACUCAUCUCAAGGGUCUUAAUUUGACAGAGGACUUUAGUAGCUAAUUCUCUAUUCUUAUUCAUAUUCUUUUGCUUUACAAUAUAUAUUCUUUUUGUAUUGUUAAGUGUUUUUUGUUAUUGUAAAGUGUCCUUGGGUGUCUUGAAAGGCGCUUAUAAAUAAAAUGUAUUAUUAUUAUUAUUUA